GCGGACUGAACGAGGAAGUGAGUCACAUGUUAAUCACUGACGGGAAAGUUAUGAGCAAGUCCACACGGAGGCGAAACGUGGAGCGAGAAGAAGGACAAAGCGCUCGAGAACACGAUCUUCAUUAGAGGAACAAAAGCUUUAACACAGAGAGAGAGAGAGAGAGAGAGAGAACAGGAGAACAGCAGCUGAUCACACACUGUCUCACACUGCGGGAAGAGAUGAAGAGAGAAGUGAGCGCUGGAGUGAACUUCCUGAAACGCUUGGCCUUGGAGCGAGGGGGCGUCGACCAAACCAGAGCCAAGCUGUUCGCUGAAAAACUGGAGGAGCUUCUGUGUGAGAAAUACACCGACCACUGGUACCCUGAGAGUCCCAGCAAGGGACAGGCGUACAGAUGCAUCAGGAUCAAUGUGGACGCCCCCUGUGACGCCUCCGUGCGACAGGCUUGUGAGGAAAGUGAACUGAAGCCGUCUGAGCUGGGCUUCCCCCGAGAGAUCACGCUGUGGAUCGACCCGCUGGAGGUGUCCGCUCGAUCAGGGGAGAACUGCAGAUAUUUCACCGUGGCUCGUUUCAGUGAGGAGAAGGAGGAUGAAGAAAAGCAUCAAGACAGCUCAGAUUCAGCACACUUAGACACUUCAGACUACCACUCAGCCAGCUCCUCCGACUGCGGCUCCACGGUGUCCAGCGACACGGAGGAGGAAGCGAGGGAUGCUGGGAUGGAGAAAGAGACAGAGAAAGCGGGAGGGGAGAAGAAGGAGGAGGACAAGUCUUUCAUUAUUGCAAUGCGACCCAGGGCGAGAGAGCUGAAGCCACGAGAUCUGAGGCCCCGGAAAAUUCCAAAGUCUCAGCUCCCAGGGCUCCAGUACUUCUACCACCCGACGCCGGUUUGGCCUCAGUAUAAGCAGAAAGGUCCUGUGAUGCUCACCACCAUUUGCGCCCCUCCGCCUCCCCCUGUUCUCGGCUACUACGUCCUCCCCAACCCUCCCCCCCAGUUCAUCGUCCCCCACGCAGCCCUGCAGCCGUGGGGUGCAGUUAAAGGCUAGACCUAAACCAGCCAAAACAGGAUGAUCGAUUUGAUUAUCAUUUUAUAUAUUUUUGUUUUUGUUUUUUUUGCGGCUGAUGUCUGAUCUAGUUUUAUGUUUAAAUCAUCGUAGCAUUUUCUAUAAUUUUUAUUAAUAUUGAACAUUUUGAUAUUUUAACGUAAGAGAUCUCGACGAUGACUUAUAAUAGUAGUAAUUGUUCAAUUUAAAGUUGUUUUAUCUGUCUUAUUUAAAAAGGUCCAAAGUUAAAUCAUUUCACUGAAACAAAACUCAAACAAGCCAGGAUUAACCCAGAUCUUCUUUCAGGGACCACAUUAAAAGGUGCACAAAUCUCAGUUAGAAAACCUUCAUUGUGUAUACUUGAUUACUGUAUUUCUCAUGGAUUGAUUUUUUACUGUAAAAAAUGAAAUAGCACAUAAGAGGGGGACCUAGGGGGCGGAGUCGUGCACAGUGUUUUUUUUUUUCCUGCUUUAAUGUGCCAGCGGUGUAAAGCUUAACAACGUUAAAUCAUUUUCUGAUACAAGCGGUUUACGCUUCAUAAUGGCCAUCGCUAUUUAGAGGGUUAGCAAAAAUUGUGAGCUGUGAAACCUACCAACAUGUGGAACUCAUCAGUUAAUCAUCACUGAUGCAGCAUUGCGAGUAGCAUCACAGCGCUAACGCUUGGAGAAAAGCGCAACGACUUGGUUCUGAUACAUCAGCUCACAGAUGCAGCCUUGUGCUGAUCAACAUCACCCUUUGGAGUGAUGUGUGGAAAGAGUGCCAUCUACUUUACCUACCCAGAGAGAGCAUGGCUAAUUCUGCUCUCUCAGGGCUCCGGCAGCUGAUGGCAAGCUGCAUAACCGGGAUUCGAACCAGCAUUCUUCCGAUCAUAGUGGCAGCGCUUGGUG